GGUGGCUGGGAGAAGUGACUGUGGGGACGAGAGCGGCCGCCUGGUCCUCGCUUUCACCACCUGCGCGCCAGGACACUUCACUUGCGACGACGGCUCCUGCAUCUCUGCCAACAUGAGGUGCGACUUUCAGCCUGACUGUAAAGACGAGAGUGACGAAACGGAAUGCGAGACCGUCACCCUCCCGCCCGCAUAUAAGUCCAACAUACCGCCACGCCCCGCCUUUUCCACGCCCGACACCCCCGCCCACCCGAUCUCCCUUCACAUCACCGUGCUUAGUCUGGAGAUUGUUACGGGCAAGAUGGAGAUCGUAAUGGACUUCAUCGCCAUGCUCAGAUGGACUGACCCGCGCCUCGUGUUUCGGGACCUGAAACACGACCAGGCGACCAAUGCCCUCCAGCUCUCCGCCCUCAGGAGUCUGUGGGUGCCGCAGGUGUCGUUCAGCAACGCGAAGGGCAACGCUCACACCCUGUUAGACGAGGAGACAAAAGGCCUGGUGCUGCGACAUGGCGAGGCGCGCCCGGGCGACCACACCCACGCCAGGGAGGUGGACUUCUUCGGCGGCGAGGAGAACCCGGUGGUGGCGUCACGGAAGUACUCAGCGACAUACCGGUGCAGCCUCGACCUCACCCUGUACCCCUUCGACACUCAGGAGUGCAACUUCGUGUUCCUGCUAACGUCAGCCCGUAAGGAGAGGUUGCAGAUGGUGCGGGAUGGGAAGGGCGUCACGUAUAGCGGGUCGCGGCAGCUGCUCGAGUACAGCAUUGUGUCCAUUGUAACAAGGCCCGCCAAUCACACCAGAUACAGCGCCCUCCAGGCUAUUGUUCGGUUCCGGCGGCGUUACGGCUUCGCUAUCCUGACGGUGUACACGCCCUCCUGUUUCUUCGUCAUCAUCGCCUACCUUACCACUUUCUAUCCGCUCUCCAACCUGCAGGUGCGUGUGGUAAUCGCCCUCACGGCCAUGCUGGUGCUCACAACGCUGCUCAGCCAAGUGUCAUCUAACCUCCCCAGAAACUCCUACUUUAAGGCCCUCGACGUGUGGAUGUUCGGGGCCAUUGGGCUUAUCUUCUCCAUUCUUAUCCUGCAGACUGUGGUAGACGUGGUGGCGAGAGGCGAGGAGGCUAGCAAGGUGUCGCCGAAGCAGGACAAAGGAAUGGUGCACGUGGAAUCAAGCAUAAUGGGUCCCAGGAAGACAGCUGAAGAUCUCUUCCCGAGGACCCUAUUAGCGCCGCGGAUGAUGCGAGCUAUGCAAGUGGGCUAUCCGGCGGUGACUUUUGGCCUGGUGGUGGCUUACGUCGCCUACCUCUUCGCUGCCCUUAAUUAAAAGUAUUGCUAGAAAAACUGAAGAGAAAGAAGUGACGGGAAUUGACUGACUGUGUGUGUGUGUGUGUGUGUGUGUGUGUGUGUGUGUGUGUUAACUCCUUGCAUUAUGAGGUAAGAUCCGUAUUCUUUAAAUGCUUUCCUCUUUCAUCAGAAAAUUUUUUGCCACGGUGACAAUUAGUCAGGUUUUCAUGAAUGUUCUUUCAACUGAUAGUGCAGAAUCCUUGUUGAAUUGUCACUAGAAUCAUGAAAAAUCACUGAAAACCCACAUAUAACUAAUUAAUUCUGUUAAAUGUUAGAUCUAUCACUAGAAUCAUUAAAAGUUGUUGGAAACCCUCGUAAUUUUCAUUAGAGCCUGCUGUAUGAAAGAGUAAUACGACUAAGUCUUUAGAAUCAAAUUUCUAAGCCUUUGUGAGAUAGUUUCUAAUCCUGUGGCACCUUUUACGAUCCCGUUCCGAGUACCGUGUCUCGAGAAAGUUUAUAUUUUAUUCUUGUUUUUUCUCUGACAGUGCCAUAUGAUCUCAGUAAUGUGUCUUAGAUCAUUCAUUAAGUUUUAUCUUUCCUCUAGACGUGUUGUGGUGCCUCUGUCAUACUUAAUGAUAUAUUCAUGUUUUCACUAGCACGAUAUUAAUAUAUGUUGUAAUAAAAAUCUAUUGGAAAAAUUAAAAUGUUGCCUUACGUUCCAA